CGAUCGGUGACCUGGGGUGGGAGGGCGUGCUGCGGCAUCGUCGACCCUUGGCACGCGUCCUCCGUGCCUCGUGCUCCUCCUCCUCGCGCGGCCAAGUGGGCGAACCCGCACCAGGGGAGGGGCGCGGGGAGGGGGUCCAGCGCUGGCGGAGACGCCGCCCGUGGCCGCCCAGGCCUGAGAUUUUCAGCGUUGCGAACCAAUUUGUCCGAUGUCGCAGAGCAGCACGACCCGAGUGUAUGUUUCGUGUUUGCUUUCGGGCCUCGCGGCGAUCGGGGACGAGCGCCAGGCGGUGCCGCACCCUCCGGGAGGGCUAUAACCACCUGCCCGUGGUGCUGGUGGGGUUGGCGGCGGCGCCAGUCUCGUGGUGGCCGCCUUCGCGAGACCUCGACGAUUUCUACCGCGGCAUGGAAUAUCGAGGAGAGAGAUAACAAGUUGAUGGCGUUGCACUUCAACAGUCCGAUCUACAAUGCCAUCAAGCCCUGGCUGUGGUACUGGUAUCCGCUGUUUCCCAGCCACUGGCUCUGGUGGCAGGUCAGGAGGCAGGUGGCUGGAGAGGCUGCGGCAGCGAUUCGGCUUCUCUGCGCAGGAGUUGUUGGCCCUGUGCUCUUGUCGAUUUGGUUCACGUGGCGAGGACCUCGCUGCCUCCUCGCCUUAGUCGAUAACGCUUCCACGCUACGAGUCUUGCAAGUGAAUCAGAAGCAUUAUUAUCUGCGUCGCCUCCUGUGGAGAGUGCCGUUCUUCUCCAUAGUGGUCUCUGCCCUGGUCUUUGCAGUGAUCCCGUCACAAGCGGAUGCAUUUGUGGCCUGGGCUUCUUACUUUGUUUGCAAAGGUUGUAUUUUUGGCUUUGUGUCAUUUGGCACUUCCAGGGUCGGCUCUGGUCAGCAGGGAAUUGGGACGGCAUUCGGUCGACUCAGAUGGACCCUGUUUGGUUACGUGUGCAUGCUGUUGGAGCUUCUUGUGAUCUGGUUACCGCAGUGUCGAGGCGCCCACUGGGUCUCGGAUAAGCUGCUUGCACCCGUCUGCAGCAGAACUUCGGAGCCAGGUGUUGCCCUUCUGCUGGCACAGGUUCUCGGCUGCAAUGCCACAGCGUGGAUCGUCAUCGUGAGCUGUGUCCUCGUGGUCGUGGUUUCCCAGUCGCUCCUCUUUUGGUGCACGGAGUGCGGGCAGGAGGCCAUAGGCAGCGGCUCGGUUGCGGAGUGCGACUUCAUUGACGUCUGGAUCAGAAAAGCGGGAAUGACAAACUGGUCGGAGCUUCGCCAUCUCCCGCGUCGACGGGGGGGGGGGUCGAGGCGCAGUCGGCGCGCCGGGUGUCGGACCCGCGCCGACGUGGUGAGAUCCGGCGGGCCGCGUGCGUGGGCCUUCCCUCUGCCGCGUGGGCACCUGGCCUGGUGCGCUGCAGGGUGCUCCGGGCGGGGCCUCGCCUCCACGAGCUCGUAGGGGCUCGGGAGACCGCCGCCUCCCCUCCCUGGUAAGGUGGGAGGCGGCGGAAGGCUGGCGGAGGUAAAGCGGCGGCGGCGCGGGCGGAAGCCGGCGGGGAGCGGCGAAAGGAGGUGCCUCCAAGAUAUUCCAGAUUUCUAUUUGGAUUCAGGGUUUCCAGACCGGGCCCCACGACCCGCUCCCGUGCAUGAGUUGUGCCGCCGUUCCCGCGGAG